CACUCCCUCCCUCUAUAAAACCCAUCAUCUUCUUCUUCAUCCACACCAACCCUAAUCUUAAUAUCUACAAACACUUCCAUUCCAACAAUGCCUUCAAUCCCAGAAGACCCAAUCCUAACCCCAAACCCCGACAGAUUCUGCAUGUUCCCAAUCCAAUACCCACAAAUCUGGGAAAUGUACAAAAAGGCCGAAGCCUCAUUCUGGACCGCAGAAGAAGUCGACUUAUCACAAGACCAACAACACUGGGACUCCUUAACCGACAACGAACGUCACUUCAUUACUCACGUACUCGCCUUCUUCGCUGCAUCAGACGGCAUUGUAUUGGAAAACCUCGCUGGCCGCUUCAUGAAAGAAGUACAGAUCUCCGAGGCGCGUGCCUUUUACGGCUUUCAAAUCGCGAUUGAGAAUAUCCACUCUGAAAUGUACAGUUUGCUGUUGGAAUCGUACAUCAAAGAUUCUGUUGAAAAAAACCGUUUGUUCCGUGCUAUUGAGACAAUACCAUGUGUACAGAAAAAGGCGAAUUGGGCGAUGAAGUGGAUCGACGGUUCAGAAUCGUUUGCAGAGAGAAUAAUUGCCUUUGCCUGUGUUGAAGGAAUAUUCUUUUCUGGUAGCUUUUGUGCUAUUUUCUGGUUGAAGAAGCGUGGGUUGAUGCCGGGUUUAACGUUCUCGAACGAGUUGAUAUCGCGAGACGAGGGUUUGCAUUGCGAUUUCGCUUGCUUGCUGUAUAAGUUGUUGAAUACAAAGUUGAGUGAGGAGCGGGUGAAAGGGAUUGUGGCGGAUGCGGUGGAGAUUGAGAGGGAGUUUGUUUGUGAUGCCUUACCCUGUGGGUUGGUUGGGAUGAAUGGUGGGUUGAUGAGUCAGUAUAUUGAGUUUGUUGCGGAUAGGUUGCUGGGGUCGUUAGGAUGUGAGAAAUUGUAUGGCGUGUCGAAUCCGUUUGAUUGGAUGGAGUUGAUUUCGUUGCAGGGGAAGACGAAUUUUUUUGAGAAGAGGGUUGGGGAGUAUCAGAAGGCCUCGGUUAUGUCGAAUUUGAAUGGAAAUGGGGAUACUCAUGUGUUCAAGAUGGAUGAAGAUUUUUAAUUUGGUUUAUUAGGAUUAUGUCUUGUUAUUAUGCUUCUUUAGGAUGAUUAGUUGCUGCUAAUGUUGUUAUUUUAUGAUUGUGUUUGUUGAAUAUGUUCCUCUUUUAACAAAAGUUAAUAAAAAGUUAUGUCUUUAA